CGUCACAAGUAUAACGCAAAGAAUGUUACAAGAUACACCACAGCCGUGAAACGAGUCUCAUAAAAUCACGUUUCUUAUCCGCUUAUCAUAAGUUGCAUCACUGGUUCAUUCCAUCCUUUUCUUUUACCGAUUCACUACGUGUGAGAAGAAGACGGACGAUUAAUUUGUCGUGUGGUGGUGUUUCUUUCGCGUUCAGUGUUCGUUCCACCUGACGGGCAAGCGGACGGCCGGUCCAGUCCCGGUUAAGUGAUGUGUGUAAUGUAAUUCGGUUUCGAUAACAAACAUGAUGACUAUGGACAUCGGGAUGUACAAUAACCAGAAUGGGUACAACGCUGAGUACUAUCAGCAGGGAUCUUACCAGACCCCGUAUGAGGGUUAUCACGAGGGCUACUACGAGCCAAGUACGCACUAUUAUGAACCGAUUCUGCACGGACAGCCUGAAACGAACCCAGUGAUAAGCACGGACACAGGGCUGUGUUACACGAACUUGGAUUAUGGAGAAUUGCCCCAAUACCCAAUCCAGCCGUUACCACCGCACUCAGAGACAUUUAAACAUAGAGAAGAUCCAAGACAAGACGAAAUGCUUCACGAACAUAAAUUAGACAAUCACUAUUUAGAGACAAAAUAUAACAUGCACUUUGUGGAUGACACAAUGCAGUAUAGUCAUGGGUCACCACUGCCGUGUGGGGAGUUUGAGGUUCCGUACGUCCCAAAGGAGGAGUUUGGGGGGAUGAGGGAGUUCCCUCGAGAGGGGGACAUGCAACACCACGUGGCGCACCAGACUCAUCCGCAGCAUGCUGUGCCUACGUAUAAGUGGAUGCAGGUCAAACGGAACGUCCCCAAGCCAGCAGUACCCAAACUGAUGAUACCUCCGGCGGACUUCGUGAAUCAAGGUGUCCUAGGAAGUCCCCAGGAUGGGAUGCGAACCCCUACUGGCAGUCAAAUGCUAAGCAACCCCAUCCUCAACUUGAACAACACCGGCAGAACCAACUUCACCAACAAACAGCUUACAGAACUGGAAAAGGAAUUCCACUUCAACAAAUACCUCACGCGAGCGAGAAGGAUAGAAAUAGCCUCCGCUCUACAACUGAAUGAGACGCAAGUCAAGAUCUGGUUUCAGAAUCGACGAAUGAAACAAAAGAAGCGGAUCAAAGAAGGUCUAAUAGUCGCUCCAGAAGUUACACCUUCCACCUCACACGGCAUUGGCUCUAAUGAAAACAGCCGAGAAUCGAGCUAGAGUGAUAAUUGACAUUAAAGUGGAAAAUCUAUAAUAUCAUUCGACUAUGUGCCAAAAUUUUACAACUAUAACCAGUGACAGCCAUCCGUAACUUAAAGAAUCUUUUGACAGUUACCGCUCAAUAUUAAAAAGGUCCUACUGAAUAGUCUUACACCGAAAUUAGUGGCGAUUCGGAAACGAGAUUUAUCGCGAACUAGGAUGUAUGUCACAAUUCAAUAGAAAUCUUUAAAAUUUUAUUUAAUACUAGCUGCCCCGCAAACUUCUUUUCGCCGUAAUGUGAUUCUUUUACUUAGCCUACCUUUUUAGUAGCUAGCUAACAUAUUAUGGAACAUUCGUUGCCUUUUGCGUUCACGAUGUUUCGUUCAAUUUUUCAAAAAAACCUUCCUUAGAGUUCAAGGAAUUAAUAAAAAAAUACUGUAAUUGUUCCAGCCGUCUUCGAGCAACGUAUUGCGAUUAAUUAUUUAUAUUUAAUGUAUAAUUUUGGCAAAUAGUAAUAAAAACAUUUCCCAGGGUUUUGAGAACAGUGGCUAGUCUACGAUGAUAAAUAUCCCUGUCAAAAUGUAAGCUCAAAUAGAUUAAGCUUCAUAUUGUAGAUUAGAAUUACGUUAGUCGUAAUGAUUGCAGAUAAUUAAUUUAAUAUUUUGUAAUUUUUGCGUAAAAUGAUGCUAGCGUAUUGUUAAUUUAUAAGAUUUUUAAUAAUUUUAUAGGUGCUUCAUUGUUUAAAUGUGGAAUGAGAUUAUUUACUUUAAGUUUGCAACAUUAAAAUUGAACAUACCCAGGCCAUUUAUGUAUAUUCAGAUACGGAAAUAUAACGUAGAGGAAUGUUAGUCUGUGGUUCAGUAAAAUACCGAUUUUGAUUUUUUUACUUUCAAUUGAUGGUUUUACGGCAACAUAUUCUUCAAAAUGGCAAAUACUAGUGCAGACUUAAAAAUGGUGGCGUAUUUAAAAUAGUUUAGUCAGGCCGUUUUAAAAAGGCCAGAUAUUAUAAAUUCCUUGGGUUCUCCAAUAGUUUUCGGGCGAUCAUAAACUUCAUAGAUUUAGCGCUAAUUUAACAUGGAUUUUUUUGUCAUAGACAUGCCGGUUUCUCCGGGGUAUUUGUUGUACACAAAACAGUUGUACGGAAGUUGAACAUCACAUAAAACUUUGGUUUUGAAUUAAACGGCUGGGUAUUUUCAAUAAAUGCCAACUCAAUUUUAUACGUUUUUACAUUGUAUAAUGCUUUUCGUUUAUAGAAUAUUUUUACCAAAGCUGCUAAAACUUAUUUAUUAAGCAACAUUACAAUAAUUCUAAGUAAUGUACAGGAUAUAAAAUAACUGUAUAUAAUUACAAUUGGUCUUUAGAUUUGACUGUGUGUACAUUUUUGUAUUGUUAAGUAUUUUAAAUUCAUCAAUAAAUUAAUUGCUCUAUUUUCAA